AGACGACGGGGCAGGGCGCCGCAUCUGCGCAUGCUCAGGAAAGGCACCGCCCAAUGACGCGCUGCGCAGGCCCAGCGCACGGUUGACCGGCCGGGCGGUUGGUGUACAUGGAGUCGGAGUUAGUUCGGAAAGUGUCAGCGCUGCAGGCCUGCGUCCGGGGCUUUUUGGUCCGACGCCAGUUCCAGAGCCUGCGAGCUGAGUAUGAGGCGAUUGUACGAGAGAUCGAGGGUGACCUGGGCACACUUCAGUGGACUGAGGGCUGGAUUCCCAGACCCCGAUUUCUCCCAGAGAAGGCAAAAUCCCAUCAUUCUUGGAAAGCAGGAGAGAAGGUACAAAAUCCAGAGCAGGAACUAUGGAGCCACUUCCCCUGUAAGGAUGCUGAGAAAGAGUCUAUCUGGGAGGAGAUGGUACUGAAGUCAGGAGAGAGUUUAUCAAACCCAGGCAGUCGUCCUCCCUGCAGAGAUGACAACCCCUGGCCUCAGGCGGAGCAGAACAGGAAAACUAGGAAACACAACCAAGAGGAGACCAGAGACAUCUCCAGGAAGGAGAACCCAGAAGCUACAGAUCCAAGAUUGUCCCACAGCCAGGAUGAACUCCAGGAGCUCCAGUACCACCGCAACCACUUGGCCAUGGAACUGUUGUGGCUACAACAGGCCAUCAACAGCAGAAAAGAGUAUCUAAUUCUCAAACAAACACUGAGAUCCCCAGAGGCCAGACGACAAAAGCCCAGUGUGUGUCCAGAACAUGGAGAACAGGUCUGUGAGAAGGCCUGGUCACAACCAAGCCCACUGCUGGAGGACCAAAUCUUCAGAGAUAGGAUCAAUGGAGAGCUAGACUAUGACUCCUGCCAAAGGAGCAAAUCACAAUGCUAUAAAACCCCAGAAAGUCUGACCACUGCAGUCAAAACCACUGUUGGAGCAAAGGAUGAGGAACGAUGCUAUAGGAGGGCUGGACCACAGCUACCCAUACCAUCACCCCACCAGGCUGGAGGGGAUAGGUUCACCAAAGUACCAGAUCAUGGUGGAUAAACCUUUAAAGGGACCUGCCUGCAGCACAUGAAACUCCUGGAGGACCAGAUCCCUGGAAACCUUAAACACAGGAGCCCGUUCAGAAAGGCCAGGACACAGCUGCCCAUCCUCUGUGAGGAUCCAAAUAUUGAGGACAGGACUCCCAUGGCCAACCACAAAGAGAAUGACUGCCAAAGUGCCAGGCCACAGAGGACAGGCCUCUCAGAAGACCACAGGAUUUGGGAUGGAAUCUUGGCAAGGCUAGAACAUGGUAGCCUGGAUCUCAGAAGGAAAAAACCACCCAAGGGCCAGAUCCCCAAUGCUAGAAGUCCCAGAGAUGGAACCUCCAAGGAAUUUAGUCAUGAAGGAUGGGGAAAACAGGACUUUUUUGUGGAGGGCAUGUCUGCCACAGGAUUAGACCAGACAGGAGAGGACCAGUGGAGGAGCAAGCUAUGGAAAGCAAGACCGCCAGGCUGGAGCCAGGGGGAUGCUCUGAAAGGGUGAGGAAAGUGGCCUUCAUGCUGCCUCCCUGGUACCAGCUCUACAUCCUGCCCUUGCUCCCAUCGUGCCGUUGUGGCUACUGGGCCAAGAGGUGCUACAACAGAGAGUUGGCACAAAUGCAGGGAAAAUGAUGGAUGGCACCUUUUUAUUCUCUGCAUGUGGCUCAAUCCAAAAUUCAGAUUAAGAAGCUCCCUAGAACCAGGCACCAGUGUAACAUGCCUGUAAUCUUAGCUCCUUGGGAGGCUGAGAUCAGGAGAAUCAUGGUUCAAGGCCAAUCCAGGCAAAUAGUUCAGAAGACCCCA